GAUAUUGAUAUUAUUAAUCAUCCAUUAUUUCUUGUUAUUCGACAAUGGUCUGAACGUUUAUUACAAUUAUGGUUAAUUAAUGGUACAAUGAAUGGUGAUGAAUAUCGAGCAUUAUUUUAUACACAUCAAUUAUUUAAACUUUUAUCUGAAUGGUUAAAUCAACAGGAUGAUAUAUCUCUUGAUAAUGAUAAUCAAGAAAUAAUCCGACAUGUUAUAACAAAUUUAUUUGUUGAUGAAGAUUUUAUCAAUACACUCUGUAAAGUUAUUUGUCAAUUAAUAAUCAAAGAAAAUGAUGAAGAAUAUAUUUCUAUAACAAGUCAUUUAUCGGUACAAGAAGAUCAUGUAUCUCCAGACGAUAUUCAUCUACAAACAAAUACAUCCGAUGAUCAAGCUGAACAAACUGAUGUUCUUGAUGUUCUCUUUCGUUGUAUUAAUUCAUUAGUUAUUUUAUUUAGUCAUUCAAUUUUAUUAAAUAAUCCAAUAGCAAAUAAAUGUUUAACAUCAUGUCUUCUUGAUUGUCUUAAUUCACCAUUAUUUAUUCAACUAUCAACAAAAUUUGUUCGACAAAAUUUUCUACAAGAAAAAAUUCAUAUACGUACUAUAUUUCUUUUAUUUACAUGUCUUGAUUAUUGUACAUUAUCAAUAACAAUAUCAACAUUAGAUUUAUUACCAUCAAUACGUCGAAUUCUUCAUAUUUGGUGUGAAAUUCCACAAAAUUCAACUGAUGAUAUAUCACCAUUAAUUAUUCGUUUAAUUCGUCUUAUUAAUCGUUUAGCAUUAUUAAAUCGAGAUUCAAUAAUAGAAGAAAAUCUUUGUGCUUAUUUUGUACCACAUUUUGAAAAUUUAUGUUUAACACCGGAUGUCAUUGAUGAGAUUAUUUCAUUACUUAUUACACUUGCAACAUCAAUAACAGGUAAACAACAUUUACGUCGUUUAGGUUAUAUUCAACAUAUUUUACAAGCAACUAAACAACAUAGUAAUCUUUGGUAUCCAUUAUCAUUAUUAAUAAAACAACGUGAUUUAUAUCAAACAUCAUUUUGUAAAAAAUUUAUAUAUUUAUUAACACAACGAACAUUAAAAAUAUUUCAAUCAUUAACAACAUUAUCACAUGAAUCUCCAAUGACAUCAUCAAAAGAUCAAAUAUAUCUUAUGGCUAUUGAAUGGUUUAUUUUAUUACGUACACAUUUUUUAUCAUUUACAAUGAUUGUUGAUGAAUUAAUAAAUUAUACAAAAAAAGUUAAUCUUAUAAAUAUUAUUGUCGAUACAAUUUUAUCAUUAAUACAAGAUAAUGAAAAUUUAUCAACAUUAAUCGAUAUUUUAAUUGAAGUUUUAUGGACAGUUUCAUUUAGUACAUCAACAAAUAUUCAUGAUAUUUUACAAAAACGUCUUGAUUUAUGUCGAUGGUUACGAACAAAUUUAAACACAUCAACAAGAAAUAUUUGUCUUGCAUCACAAGCUAUUCUUUUAACAUUAGAUUCAACAAAUAAAAGUUUAAAUCAUACAAUAUCCAAUCAUCAUUCAUCAUUAAAUAUAAAUAAUAAUUUAAUAUGUAUAUUUUAUUCAGAUGAAUCUUAUCAAGAAUUAUGUAUAGUACUACGUGAUCGUCUUCAAAUUGAAUUUGAAUAUUCAGUUGAACUUAUAUUAACAUCAACAUGUCAAUCACUUGAUUCAUUAAUUCAUCUUAUUGCACAAUCAUCACUUUGUCUAUUUUGUAUAAGUACACAAAUGAAAAUUGAUAAUUUAGUUCAUUUUGUUUAUCAUUAUAUAUCAUUUCAACCAUAUUCUAUUCCAAUAUUAACAAUUCCAAUUGAACAUGAAUGUGAAAUUGAAGGAAAUUGGCUUGAAUCGAUAGUUACUGUUGAUAUGCAAUCGAUUUUUAAAGAAAUUCAACGUUAUUUAAAUCAAAUUGAAGAUAAUGAUACAUGUAUACUAAGUCAAACAAGUGAUUUGAUAAAUGUUAGCCAUCCUCAUAAUGAAAUAAAAAACCAAACACUUAAUUAUAUGAUCUGUCCUGUACAUAAUUGGUCAUCAGAGGAUGUAAAUGAAUGGUGUAAAUCAACACAAGAUAGUUUUGAAACAUUAAAACCAUUAGUUAUGCGUCUCAAUGGUUCAGGUCUUGCACAUCUUGCUGAAAUUCUAGCAAUUGAACCAGCAUCAAUGUAUCAUAGUUUAAAUGAUGAACUUCUUCAACGUACAGGUACAACUGUUCCAAUUACAGAAUAUGUUUCAUUACGAAGUGAAUUACAAAGUUUAUUUAAUCAACCACAAAAUCUUUAUACUUCGACUACUGAACUUAAGAAUAUCAACGAAGACAAUUAUCAGAAAAAAGACAGAAAAAAAAGUCGUCUUUGUACCAUACUUUGA